AUGGGUAUGGAGAGGAGUAUGGAAGGAAGGAGAAAAGUCAUUCCAAAUCCAUUACUUGACUGGCCUCUGACGACACGCCGGCGACCGCGAGCGACAACUCAACUGCUUCUGCAACAGCAUAAUAUCGACGCACUCCGGCCCCCUGUAGCGUCACCGGCAGCCACCACUGGGCGUUCGACUCCGACCUCCAUCUCCAGCCACUCUCGGUUUUGCUUGCAGAAAGUUAGUGAUGAGAAUCGAGAAAGAGCGUUAAAUCCUCAACAUCCCUAUAGAAAGUCACGUUUAGGGUGUGCUCGUCUUGAAGCUGAUAUGGUAGAAGAGUCAGAAGUUGGUGAGAUAAACCGUAGUCAAGUGUGGAAGGCUGCCCGCGUCAAUAAGAGCGGGGUGAUUGAUAAUGAGAAUGUUCAAAGAGUUGUGGAUCAAUGUGAGAAGUUAACAGAAGCUCUAUCUGAAGAAGAGAGACAAGACCUUGGUCCCACAAACAUAUUAUUUGAGGCUCUUAAUCUCCCAAACUACUCUGGACGUGUUAGGACUUAUGGUUUUGGGGUAUGUUCUAGGGACAUAUUACCACGCCAAAAUCGCCCCACACAAAUGGAUUUUGAAAAAUUGUAUGGCUUUUGUAAUUCACUCAAAAGUAGAUUGGAGGUGCUAGAGAGAGAAAAGAUUGAGAGAGAUAAGUUGGAUAGAGAGAAGCUAGAGAGGCAACAAACUGAAGAAGUGGAAGAAAGGCAACAACCUAAACAAGUGUCAGAGAGGUUGCAACAACCUGAAAAAGUGGCACAGAGGCAACACCUUGAACAAGUGGUAGAAAGGAAACAACCAGAAAAAGUAGCUGAGAGUCGACUACCUAGUGAUAAAGGUUCUUGCAACCCUGGAUCAUUUGGCAACAUUCCCGAGGGUCUCUUUCCUGUUAAUAUAUAUUUAUCCUCCCCGAGUCGUUGUUUGGUUGCUCGUGGAAAACUAUAUAACACCAAAGGUAACACGGUACAUGGCAUGACGUUACCACCUGGAUAUGUCAAGGUUAAUAUCGAAGUUGCUAUUGUGCCAAAUGCCCCAUUGCCUAUAUCUGUUGAAGAUGGAGAUGUAUCCAUGGUUGGUCAAGCAAUAGGAACAAUUGUGCCAUGGCCAACGAAACUUCUUGAAUUUGUUGCUGAAUGUGAAAAGAUUCCUGGUCAAUCCCAAAACAAAGGUAAUAAUAUUCAACACAGUGUUGAAUAUUCAGUUUCAUCACCCAACAAAAGUAACAAAAAAUUCAAAAUCGAAGAGUCUCCUAGAGUUGGCGGUUCAGCUGGUAUUGCAAAUUUACCUUUCCUUGAUAUGUAUUUGUAUGACAAGUUUAUUAGUCCAAAUGGAUUAAUAAAUAAGUUCUCUUUCAUAUCUCCACAUGUAUCACGGGAGGAUAAUCUAGGAAAUGGUAUAGCAAAAAUACUUUUGAAAGAUGAGGAGUUCAAGGAUAAGAUGAUUCUUGCACCUUGUAAUCUAGGGAAACAUUGGGUGUUGCUUGUCAUCAAUCUCAAUGCUGAGGUGAUAUAUUACAUGGAUCCGUUGAAUGGUGAGCCAACAAAACAUCAAAAUUUUAAAACAAAGUUUGAGAACGCUUUGCAAAUUUAUCGUGCUAAUAGUAGUUCUAAAGUGCCUAAAGUGUCAAAGUCAAAGAAAAUCUCAUGGCAAAAAAUAAAGUGUCCUCGUCAAAUUAAUGGCGUUGAUUGUGGAUACUUUGUAAUGCGAUUUAUGAAAGAGGUCAUCAUGGAAAAUGAAUUUAUGAUCCCCACAAAUUACUUUUUUGACCACAAAUGUCGUACCUACUCUCAUGAUAAGUUAACUGAGGUUAAGGAGGAUUGGGCUACUUAUGUGGUGGAUGAUGUUUUCGGAAAACAAGAAGCAAUUAUUUUGCCUAAUUAG